AUGGCCAAAUUCAGUCGAUCGCGCUCCGUCUCCUACACAAAUCCACCUGUCCUGUCUGUCGACGUCUCCCAAAUGAUGCACCACCCACACGACGGCCUCUCGUCCAAAGGUGAGGACUUUGAUGAUGAAGUUCUCCAGGGUGGGGAGCUCCUAGAUGAUCAUCCAUCCACCGUGCAGGUGAACAGCUAUUUAGCUCUGGAACACCUCACUACUUCCCGACCUACUUCUGCCAAGCCGUUUAAGAAACGCUGGCUUUCUCAAGCCCUGAUGGAAGGCGGCAUGGAAAUACAAAAUAACCUGGCCAAUCAAACCGCGGGCUUUAGUGCUCCCGCCCUUCCUCUCCAACUCCUCCCUGCAACUGGAGACCCCGAUUCGGCUUCUCGACAUAAUGCUCCCUCGUUAAACCCCAAGAAAAGGAUUAUUUCACACCUGGUUGAGGCUGAGGCGGCAGUCGCGGAAUCCGCAGUUACAAUUUAA